AUGUCGAAGAACCCAUCUCUCGAAGACGAUGAAGUCAUGCCAAUCUCCGAAGUAAUCAAGAGAUUCAAGCGUUUAAGGCUCGUGUACGAACCUUCACUGGGAAUCUUGGGUUUUUUCUUGGUGGGUUUGUGUUUACUCUUCAGCUUCUUCUACAUCGAUUACAGUACAGUGGCUAAAACUAAAAGCCAAGGACUUUUAUCGGAUCAAUCGGAGAAAUUCCUUUGGCUCAAGGAGCUCGAUGCUGGGUCUGGAUUUAACAUCAACAACGAAGAAAACAGAGUUGGGUUUCUUGAAGAAAGUGGGAAUACUUGUGAUGUGUUCGAUGGGAAAUGGGUUUGGGACGAAUCGUAUCCGUUGUAUCAGUCCAAAGAUUGCGCCUUUCUUGAUGAAGGAUUCAGAUGCAGUGAGUUCGGGAGGCUUGAUUUGUUCUAUACCAAGUGGAGAUGGCAACCGCGACAUUGCAAUUUGCCCAGAUUUAAUGCGACUUUGAUGCUAGAGAAACUGAGGAACAAACGGCUAGUGUUUGUAGGAGAUUCGAUUGGAAGAAACCAAUGGGAGUCUCUUCUCUGUAUGCUAUCUUCUGCUGUCAAGAACAGGAAUUCGGUUUACGAAGUGAACCAUAAACCCAUCACAAAGCACAUGGGCUUCUUUGUAUUCAAGUUUCAUGACUACAAUUGCACUGUUGAAUACUAUAGAGCACCGUUUUUGGUUCUCCAAAGCCGACCACCAAAAGGAUACCCAGAAAAGGUAAAGACGACUCUUAAACUAGAGACGAUGGAUUGGACUGCCGACCAGUGGAGAGGCGCGGAUAUAUUAGUGUUUAACACGGGUCAUUGGUGGAACUACGAGAAAACUAUUCGCGGAGGUUGUUACUUUCAAGAAGGAGAAAGAGUGAAAAUGAGAAUGAAGAUAGGUCAUGCGUAUAGGCGAGCUAUGAAGACUGUUGUGAAAUGGAUACAAGAAGAGGUGGAUUCAAACAAAACCCAAGUCUUCUUUCGCACAUUCGCCCCCGUGCAUUUCAGGGGAGGAGAUUGGAGAACCGGAGGAACAUGUCAUAUGGAGACAUUGCCUGAUUUUGGAGCGUCACUGGUUCCAUCAGAGACAUGGGAACAUAUAAAGCUCCUUGAAGAUGUCUUGUCGUCUCCUUACUUCUCCAAUAGAUCAGAGACAGUUAAACUGAAGGUGAUGAACAUAACGGUAAUGGCUGCUCAAAGAAACGAUGGUCAUCCGUCACUGUACUACUUGGGCUUGGCUAGUCCUGCACCGUUCCACAGGGAAGACUGCAGCCAUUGGUGUCUCCCUGGAGUCCCUGAUUCGUGGAAUGAGCUCCUCUAUGCGUUGUUUCUUAAGCAGGAAGGUUCUUCUCGACCAAUCAAUGGCGAUUCAGACAGCUUUACAUGA